AUGAAGAUCGCCAUCAUCGGCCAGAGCGCAUUUGGCGUCGAUGUGUACAAAGCUUUGAGGGCUAAUGGCAACGAGAUUGUGGUCGUUUUCACGAUUCCUGACAAGAAUGGUCGUGAGGAUUUGCUUGCGCUGGAGGCAAAGAAAGAUGGCGUUCCGGUGGAAAAGCCAGCCAGGUGGCGCAAGAAGGUGGCCGAUGGAAAGUUUGAGAUUCUCCCCGAGAUGCUAAAACUCUACCAAUCAUACGGCGCCGAGCUGAACGUGCUCCCAUUUUGCACUCAAUUUAUUCCGCUGGAGAUUACUGAGGAGCCCAAGUACAAAUCUAUCAUCUACCAUCCUUCUAUCCUCCCUAAGCAUCGUGGUGCUUCUGCCAUUAACUGGACCCUGAUUGACGGAGACGAAGAAGCCGGUCUCUCUAUCUUCUGGGCAGAUGAUGGUCUCGACACGGGCCCUCUGCUACUCCAGAAGAAGUGCAAAGUCGAGGAGAACGAUACCUUGAACACUCUGUACAAGCGUUUCUUAUACCCAGCUGGCGUUGAUGCUAUGGCAGAAGCCGUCGAGCUCAUCGCUGCGGGCAAGGCGCCAAAGAUUGUGCAACCGGAAGAAGGAGCCAGCUACGACCCGUACAUCACCACGAAGCCCGAGCUGGCCGAGGUCGACUGGCGCAAGAACCAGCAACAGCUUCAUAACUUUAUUCGUGGAAAUGAUAAGGUUCCCGGCGCCUGGGCGACCCUCAACGGCGAGAAGGUCACCUUCUUUGACUCGACGCUGUGGAAGGAGAGUGCACUGCCCGAAAACGUGCGCCCUGUCGAGGUCGACACGAUCCCGCACGGAAAGGUGUACGCGCACGACGGAGGACUGCUUUUGCCAGCCGCUGAUGGAAAAUAUGUCAAUGUCGCCACGAUCAAACUCGGCACAAAACAACUGCCCGGCGCGAAGUAUGGCCUUGCUGAUGAGGGAGCCGAGAAACUGACCCUGAAUGAUGAGGAGAAAAAGCUGGCUGAGAAGCUGAAGGAAAUCUGGGCCGGUAUCCUGAAGCAGGAUAUCGAAGACACUACCGACUUCUUUGGGAGUGGUGCUUCAUCCGCUGAUGUUACUCGCCUUGUUGAGGAGAUCAAAUUCCACACCGGGGUUGAGAUCGAGCCGGCUGACGUCUACUCCGGCCCGACCUACGGCGAAAACGUCAACGCCGUCGUCAAGCAGCAGCGUGGUGGCGGCGAAAUUGAAGUGACUUACGAUGCGGUCGAGAUGAAGGCCAACAACCUGGAUCUAAAGUUCCCGCACGAGCUGUUCAUCGACGGAAGGUUCCAGCCGUCUGCGUCUGGUCGCUGGGCUGCCACGAUCGACCCGUCGAACGAGAAAGAAAUUUGCAAGGUUCCCCUGGCCAAUAAAGAGGAUGUCAAUAAGGCCGUAGCCGCUGCCAAAAAGGCCUUCGAAGAGGGCGAAUGGUCCAAGAUGUCGGCCCGCGAGCGUGGAAAGCGUCUCUUCAAGCUGGCGGAUAUCAUGGAGCAGCACAAGGAAGAGCUCGCAACACUCGAGUCAAUCGACGCCGGAGCGGUCUACACGCUGGCCGUGAAGACGCACGUCGGAAUGUCGAUCGAGACGUGGAGAUACUUUGCUGGGUGGUGUGAUAAGAUUGAGGGCUCCACGAUCCCCAUCACCGAUGCUCGUCCGAAUAAGAAUUUGUGCUUGACGCGAAAGGAACCUGUCGGAGUUGUUGGCCUCAUCACCCCCUGGAAUUACCCCCUGAUGAUGCUGUCGUGGAAGAUGGCAGCCUGCUUGGCGGCUGGAAAUACCGUAGUUCACAAGCCGGCCCUGGUCACCCCGCUGACCGCCUUGAAGUUCGCCGAGCUUUCCGUGAAAGCCGGAAUCCCUGCCGGUGUCAUCAACAUUGUUACCGGGAGUGGCGGCGAGAUCGGAGAGAUUUUGACGAACCACAAUGACGUGCGCAAAAUCGGCUUUACCGGCAGUACUCCAGUUGGAAGCCAGGUCAUGAAGAGCUGCGCCUCCAACAUCAAGAAAGUCUCCCUCGAGCUCGGCGGCAAGUCGCCGCUCAUCAUCUUUGCCGACGCCGACAUGGACAAGGCUGUGAAGCAGGCCUGCACGGCCGUCUACUUCAACAAGGGCGAGAACUGCAUCGCAGCCGGACGUAUCUUUAUCGCCAAGUCGAUCCACGACGAGUUUGUGAAGAAGAUGGUGGCCGAGACGAAGAAGCUGGUCAUCGGCGAGCCGUUGGACCGUUCCACCGGCCAUGGACCUCAAAAUCACAAGGCUCACCUCGACAAGUUGGUCGAGUUCGUCGAGCGAUCGGUCAAAGAAGGGGCAAAGGUCGAAGUCGGUGGAAAGCGCGCCGAUCGGCCUGGCCUCUACUUUUUGCCUACCAUCCUAACGAAUGUCGAUGACAAGAACUACGCGGCCCACGAGGAGUCCUUUGGUCCGAUUAUGUGUGUCAGCUCUUUUGAUGACAGCGAUAUUGAUGGUGUCAUCCGACGUGCAAACGCUACAGAAUAUGGAUUGGCUGCUGGGGUUUUCUCGAAGGACGUCAGCAAGGUGCUCCGCGUAGCUGAUCGGCUGCAUGCUGGAACUGUUUUCAUCAACACUUACCAGAAGACCGACGUCGCCGCCCCGUUCGGUGGCUUCAAACAAUCUGGAUUUGGAAAGGAUUUGGGCCGCGAAGCUCUAAACGAAUACCUCGUCACCAAGACCAUCACCAUCGAGUAC